AUGGCCAAUGGAGUCCCGCAGAUAGGAUACACUACAGAUCCGGCUUUUGUGAAGAUCAUCACAGACAACCCAGUCUUAUUUUCAGGAUGGCGCGAAGCCACUGCGGACUCUCGUAUGGACGAUAUCCCACGCCACUAUCUCAACUUCACCACUGAAGGCCUUCGACAAGCUAAAGAAGCGAUCAUGGAAGCUCACGAGGCAGAGGAAGCUGCAUGGGCAAAGCUUCUUGAUGCGGAGAAAGAGCAGGAAGUGGUUGGUCGGACUGUGGAGGUAGCGGGAAACAUGAAGGAAUUGGCUAACAAUAACCUAGAGAGAGUUAAGAUGCAAGAGGUGUCGGCGGCGUCGCUGUUGCUCGAAGCUAGAGGAACGGAGGAAGAUGUCUGGAAGAGAAUGGUCUUGGCCAGGGUUGCUUUCGUGGCAGCAAGGGACAGGAAGGUGGAGGUCUUGGGCAAAUAUACUCCAAAGGACUAA